CAACAACGUAAUCUUCCAUUUCGCAUAUUGAAUACGUGACUUUCCGUCUCGACGAUUUAUUUUAUUAAUUCUCUAUCGUACAUAACGGAGAUGAAAUCAAAACUCCAAUGUCGUAAUAAAAAUAUUCAAAAUGAUAAAUUUAUACUACACGAGGCAGAGAAUUUCUCGCGUUGACAAUGCCAGGAUCAUAGAUUUCGUAGGACGCGACGGAUGCAGAUUGCCCUGAAAAAAUCAAGAAGAGAUCGAGGACUAUAAUCGUCCACGGUGUAAGAAAACAACAUGUCCGCUACGGAAUCGUGCGACGAUGAUGCGAGCCCGACACGUCGGCCGAGGGAGAGCAGAAUUCAUAGCGUUGGUUUGCCAACCAAAACUUCUCUGCUUCCGGAACCACCACGCACCGGAAAUGACGUACCGCCGCCAAUACCACGCCGACAUUCUGCCACACCGGCGGUAGCACCACCCCCGAUUCCACUGAGGCCGCCGGCAAUUCCAAAGAGAAGCAAGAACGAAAAACCUAUACCGCUGCAACUCACAACCAGGCAGAGUAAUCAAGUGACUCCUUGCAAGACGAGUGAUCCUUCGUCCACACCUUCAUCAGGAAUGUCGGCUGCAUGGAACAGCGUUGACUCAAAUCAAAAACUUAUAGAUUUAGGUUCUUUCAGAAAUCAUAAUCAAGCGUCACAGGAUUACUUGGCGAAUUAUAGCGGGAAGGAUUCGCAGGAAACGAAAGAGCAUAACGAUUUUGUGGCUGAUUUCGAACAAGCGCAUUUCCAGGAAGAACAUAAGCUUACUCAAAAUUCAAGCUUCGAGGAGUUGCAAAAGGUCUCCUUGGAUCUUGAAAAACGACUUCAUGAGAGAAUUAUUAAGAGCGCCGAGGCGAAGUUCGAGGAUCCGAAUAGCCGUCAACGACAGUUGGGCACGAUGUCACGACACAAUAGACAGCAAUUGUCAAAAUUUACGAAAGAGAACGAAUCUGGCAGCUGCGAACAGAAAGAAACAUCCGAAAGUAAGCCUAGGGAAGAAAUAGCAUUACCGCGAAGGGAGAUUUUUCAAAAAGAUGAAUUAAAGUACGCAACGAUUUUGACUUCCGGCCGCGAGCGACGAUCGAAGUUCGAGGAGUUGCAGGCCGCCUCGAAGAAUCUAGAGAGGCGUUUGCACGAAGACGACGAUUACCGUCGACGUCAGGAGAUGGACAGACGGAUAAACAAGGACAAGCCACCCAGAUACGAGGACUUGGAAGGAAUACCACACGACCUCGACAAACGUUAUCACGGCGAACAGAGAACUUUAGAACAGCAACAACAGCACCCAAUAAUGCGAAGCAAAUACGAGAGCGACAUGGAAAGAGCUAGAAAUAUUCUUCAGCAUAAUCUGAGAAAAGAGCGAACUGGUAACGAGAAACUCGAGAAAUUACCAAAAGCAACGCAGACGAAUCUACCACCACCCCUGAGCGCCAUUUGUCAGAGUCCAGUACCGAAACCUAUCAGCGUCCGGCAGGACAGUAACGUUUCCUCAGAUAGUUUCAGUCAAACCAGCUCACCUAGCUACACCAGCAAGACAAUGGAAGCGCCUCUUCUGCCUCACAAGCACGGAAAAGUCCCAGACAGAGCCUUGGUGUCGGAGCCUGAUAACUCAUCUGGCAGGCCGAUAACAAAGUCUACGAGCACGCCAGCCAGUUUGCAGACCAUCGUCAGGAUGCAUGCCGGGAACAAUAGUUCCUUGCAUCACAAAAUAAUCAGAGAUAUGACUGGCAGCCACUACGUGACAACGGGAAGACUACGUUUCAGAUUUGUGCAGGUUUUGCUUAAUGCUGUUGCUCUCUUGGCUAUCGCCGGCGGUUUAGCCGCAUACUUCAAAACCUAUCCUGAAAACGACUUCAAAUUGGAGAAUAGAACCAUAUACACGGCUGUGAUCCCAAUACCUGAAAGUACGCGUUUCGUAAUCGAAGACAAGAAUCCGGCUCCGGGAGUGUGUUUACCUAUCAUCGUAACUUUCUGCCAACAGCACAAGGUUCCGUACAACUAUACUGUGUUUCCAAAUUAUAUGGGCAAUUUCGGACAGCGGGAGGCUCAGCACGAAUUGGAGCUUUACGAUGCUGUCGUUGACGUCAGAUGUUAUGAAUUGGCUGCUCUAUUCCUUUGUAGUGUUUUCGUACCGAAAUGCGGUUCUCGUGGUCGCGUUGUACGUCCUUGUCGUAGUCUCUGCUUUCAAACCAAGAGGCGUUGCGGUUUCUUUCUCAAAGUUUUCGGUUUGUCUCUUCCGGAUUAUUUGGAGUGCGAACUUUUCCCGGAAAAUCCGAGUUCCGACGAGUGCAUCGGGCACCAUGAGGUGAUAGAAGCGGCAAGGAGAGCCGAGAAACCGGUGUGCACCAGUGGUUUUCAAUGCGAUGGCACAAGGUGCAUUCCGUUCGAUUGGCGAUGCGACGGUCAUCUUGACUGCUCCGAUCAUAGCGAUGAGAUCGGUUGCGGGAAUUGUAAUUCUACCACAUCAUCUUCGGAACCGGUGUCUUCCGCGUUUGGCCAAAUAGUCUUAAGUAAGGGAUCUUCAACUAAAAGUACCCUUUCUACGAAAUCUUCGUUACAUUGCGGCGAAAGAAGAUGCAUGUCAGCCAGCCAUAUCUGCGAUGGAGUUAUGGAUUGUCCUUGGGGGCAGGAUGAGCGAUAUUGUCUGAAAUUAAGCCAUAGGAACGGGGAUGUUGGCGAGGGCCGUCUAGAGGUAUAUCAUGCUGAAAUGGGUAAAUUUAUGCCAGCAUGUGUCUCGCACUGGGAACCGACAACUUCGCCGCAAGAGGUUUGCGCUAUGCUGGGAUAUAAGGGAACAGUGUCAAACGGAACUAAGCUGAUGAAUGACUCAUUAUCAAUUGUAUUGAGUUCUGAGUAUCGUAACAAAAAUUUGCUGAAGCAAUUUCAAGGAUGCAUCAAGGAUCGAGAGCCUUAUCCCAUGGUCAAACUUACUUGCGUCGAUUAUGCUUGCGGCCGUAGACGUUCUGUAUACGGAAACGUGAGGGUGAAGCGAAUAGUGGGUGGUGUGGAGUCAGCUCCUGGUGAUUGGCCAUUUCUUGCAGCCCUUCUUGGCGGUCCAGAACAGAUCUUCUACUGUGCCGGAGUCCUUAUUGCUGAUCAAUGGGUGCUGACCGCAUCUCAUUGCGUCGGGAAUCAUUCAGAGGUGUCCGGUUGGACGAUACAGCUUGGCAUUACUAGAAGACUUUCCCAUACUUAUCUCGGUCAAAAACUGAAAGUGAAAAGAGUCAUACCUCACCCAUAUUACAACUUGGGUGUUGCUCACGACAAUGAUGUCGCUUUGUUUCAACUUGAGAAGCGAGUUCAGUAUCAUGAACAUUUGAGACCGGUGUGCUUACCGACUGCUGACACUAAUCUUACACCCGAUACAAAUUGUACUGUUAUUGGAUGGGGCAAGAAAAAUGAUACCGAUUCCUCUGAAUAUGAGCCAGCCGUAAACGAGGUUGUAGUUCCUAUUCUGCCUCGACACCUCUGCAAUUCAUGGUUAGCGCAUAAAGAAUUGAAUGUCACCGAUGGAAUGAUCUGCGCUGGCUAUGCGGAUGGAGGAAAAGAUGCAUGCCAAGGCGAUUCUGGAGGACCUCUGUUAUGUCAAGAUAAGGAAGAUAAAGAUAGAUGGUUUGUUGGCGGAAUUGUUAGCUGGGGCAUAAAAUGCGCUCAUCCAAAACUGCCUGGAGUCUACGCUUACGUGCCCAAAUACGUAACGUGGAUCCAAAAAGAAAUGUCUAAGUACUCCGAGUAUAACAGUAGAAGUAAUGGAAAAAUGUAAGGCUUCGAGUCGGACAAAAUAUUUAAUGUAAAAAUCGGCAAUAUAGAAACAAAUCAAGCAGAAAUGAAGGAAAAAUGUAAGAUAAAGUAAACGCGGAUUUCCGCGUUUUCAUGAUAUAUAUAUAUAUUGAAAGAAAAAGAUACUGGAACUGAAAUUAUGGGUUCCCGAUCUGCUAAUUUGCGCUCAGCGAUUUCUGUACGCUCAAUCAAAGGAUAGUAUUUUGUAUACAUCUUGCAACAACUUUGAAUGAAGAAAAGAGAGCUAAGUAUUAACAGAUCGUUAAUCUCAUUCUUUGGGAUUAAUAAGCAUAGAUAAACAGUAUAAGUUGAUAAAAAUCACUGAUAAUCAUGAACAUUAGCUAAGCUAAGGGAUGCUGGACGGAUACCAACAUAAUGGAAUUUUUCCUCGAGUUAUAAGAAUAAUUCAAUUAAGUCUACCAAUUGCAGCAGGUCACAGUAGCAGGUAAACUAUUUUCUCACAUUGUAGACAGAUAAUUAUAGAAAAAUCGGAUUUUAUUAAUAUGUUUAAAUACUGAUGUUUGCUACCACAAUUCUCAGUCAUAGCUCUCGUCCAAUUAAUACGAAAUUUCACCACUUUGCGAUUUUUCGUAAAAAGAUUUUAUGAUAAGCCAUUCGAACAAGGGAAAUGUAAGAUAAUCGGAAACAUAUAGGAUACACUAAUUUAUAAAUGAAGCUAUUAUAUAGAUACAGGAUAUUUACGUACCUAUAUAUAAGUUCAAGUAACAAGCCAUUUUCUAGGAAACUACUAGAUAAAAGAAAGGAUAAAAAAUGCCGAUGUAUGUACUUUUGGUACCUACUGAAAUAGUAAAAAAAAUUGAAGAUUUGUGCACAAAACAAAAAUCGACGCAUGUGAUGCGACAAAAAAUAUUUUGUAUCGCUGCCGACUUUAAGACAGCCAUGUAUGAGCCACCAAGUGGUAACUUUUAAUCUAUAUAGGGUGUGCGUUUAACGGCAUUCAAUGAUAUGAGUCGUUUCAGUGGUAUAAGCGGUCUAUUAUACUUGCUUUACGAGUCUCAAU